AGUCAAACACAAUCACGAGCCUCUUUGCAUUGGAACAGAGAUCAGGAAAACUUGAUUACAAACAAUCAUCAUUCGCCGCUGUAGCAAUUAGAAUUGUAGGGAGUGUUGUUAGAACACAAAAUUUCCAUUUCCGAGUUGAAAUACAAAAAGAUAACAAGCCAGUGAACGUGAGAGAAGGAGCGAACUCAUCUUGUGACUAAAGAUUUCGUUCGUGGUUUUUUAUCUGAGAUUCGCGUCAAGGUGUAAAAAAAGAGCAGACCUUCAGUUUUCGGCGAAAUGAAUUCCUCAACUGGCCAUAUCAUACGAGUAACGUGGCUAUCUAACGUCUUUGUGUUCGGGGCCCUUGGAAAUCUCCUUUUAUUUGCGGUGAUUUUGCGAAAGGGGAGAAUCGCCAACGUUGCCAAUCUGUUCAACCUGAACUUAGCUGUGGGUGACGUGUUACGCAUCAUCGUGUUUGUACCUGUUUAUUUGGAUUAUUCCUCGCAAGGCGAAUGGCCGAAGUUAUUAGGAAGUGCUGGUUGUAAAGGGAUAUUCAUGAUUGUCCAGAGCAGUUUAACGGUUUCCAUAAUAACUUUAAUGCUUAUGAGCUUGGAACGAUUUCAGGCUGUAGUACACCCGCUGAAAAAACAGAUGACUAUAAAUAUUGCCAAGGGCGCUGUGGUCCUUUCGUGGGUCUUAGGGUUACUCACUAGUGUCUGGUUUGCCUUAUCGAUUGACACGAAAAUAGAUGAUAAACGUAGUUGUGGUGUUGUGGCUACAGAUUUCUGGAUAAAGGUAACGCUCCUGCUGCUUAUCAUAGGAACACAAUGGCUUCCUGGGGUAUUUUUCACGGUAGCGUACAUAAAGAUCAUUCUGAAGUUGCGCAGAGACUCCGUAAUAAACCCAUCGGAUGUUUCCCAAAGCUCGCAAAAUCGCCAUCGGAGGAAUAAAAGAGCGGCUCGCAUCUUAGUCAUAGAGGUUCUAUUAUUCCUUUGUUUUCUGUUUCCUUUUUAUCAGCACAGCUUGGCGUGGAUUUUGGGAUCUGAUGAUAUCGUUAGUCCUUUGUCAGUAAAAGGGACGCUCAUUUUUUGCAUGAUGAUGUCAUAUUCUCUUAUUAACCCCAUUUGUCAUAUUGCGCUUAACAGCGAGUUUAGAGCUGAAAUUUUUAGAAUGAUCUGCCAGUUUAAAGGUUGUUGUUGCCGCGCGAAAACCCGGCCCAGCAGUUGUUCACAAUGUCAUGUAAGACCGUGGCAUGAGAACCAACAAGGAACGCACCACGCCGCUGAAAGAACAAAAACAACCACGGGCAUAUGACAUUUCGAGUUGUCUGAAUUCUGAAAGAAAACGGACAUCGAAGAUAAGGAGAUACUCGGAAGAAUUUGUCUGAAGUAAGAUGUGGGACCGGUCCAUUUCAAGAGGAAUAUUUCUGAAUAAAUAUCAUUUUCCAAGUUUUAGUAAGCUCGCUGAC